AACCGUCUAUCCAACUACAUGCCGCUCAACAUCACAGAGAUGAUACCGAUGGGCACGAUGUGCGUGUACAACGCUGGUAGGUUCAUCAUUGAGGAGGAUCAAGGUGAUCGAAUAACACUUGAGCUCGAAGAGACCGGUCCACUGUUGAAGGAGCACUGGGAAUUGCACUACGUAGACUUUAAGCCAUGCAGGUUCGCUGCACAGCCCUUGUUGACGACGUGGGACUCGAACGAAGGGUGCCAUCUAUGGGAGAAAAGGGUCCACGUUGCUAUAGAUAUCCUGCUCGAUGGUGAUGGAGAUCUGACGAGAAUCGACGCAAACCUGCAACAUGAGGCCGAAGAGACGCUGGAGAAGUAUCUCACAACCGGAGAGAGGCACGUUAAGAUGAUGACCAUUAAAGAGCAACGAGCAUUUGUCGAUGCAGGCUCCAGCCCUUUUAGGAGAUGGAAAACGCCGUUUAACGAGGUGAACUAAGACGCGUAGAAUAUUGAACGCUGGACAUUGGACAUUUGACACUGGACACUGGACAUCAAACAUCAAACACCAAACAUCAACAUCAACAUCAACAUCAACAUCAACACCAAACACGCUUUGCUCGCUUUGUGCUGCCCAUACCGAAACCUGACGGAAAGACGCUAGAUAAUGCUUGGUGUCCGGGUGCUAAAUGUGUCAGCUUAUGUAAUCAGACAGGGUAACACAAUCUGCCCAAAGAGUUUCCCAAAAAGGAAAAAAAAGCCAAAAAAAAUUUCCCCUUGCUGUAAUAAAAUUUCAAUUGGAAAAGCGCAAAAGUUGCAAUUCUCAAAAGAGGCAUUUCCACAGUAACGAACUGAACUCAGAGCCACGGAGCCAACGAAGGACGCGGUGUAUUUCAAUUGAAUUAAGCAAGUUUGGAGCUGUUUUGUUAACUGGUUUCCCUCUGUUUCAU